UCUAUACCCCCUCCCUUCAGAAAGCUAGUUGAUAGCGUCACCGCAAGGGUGAAGGAGCGUGUGGGGCUUCAGAUAUUUUCUUCUUCAAACUCGUGGGCUUGUCGACCUGUGGAAGGGAGGAAGACAGGCUACGGGAAAGUGUGAGCCGGCUGCAUGGUGAUUUUCACACCGCUUGCAUGUAGAGCUGAAGGGCAGAAAACAUUGACGUACUGGAAUGGUGGUGUGCGUAGCUGGAUUGUGUGCGGGAUAGACAACAGUUAGCCAAACUCAAGGAGGAGGGGUCAUCGAAGAAUUGGCUGUCAGAGGGUCGACAGAAGUUUUCCGCGGAGAAAAAAUAAACCCUGCGAUCAUUCGUUGGCUUUGCAGAAUAUCGACUGGACGUCCGACUAACUUUUUGAGAUUAGCUACGCGUGACAGCACUGAGCUUGCAACUGAAUUCCUGCGACAAGGUGUUAGUUCAUGCGAGUGACCUGACAUCGAUCGGUUGAUCUACAGCAUUCAAGGAAACUGAAGUUUGCUUCUGGUAAGAAGGUCAGGCUGUGUCGCGAGAUUUAGCAGGCCGUCAGUUUGUGGUAGCUGUACAGUGGAAAGCAGGUGAAAUGCAGUUGUGGGGUAUACUGGAGGAAGUCUACAGUGCUUGCCCGCAUGAUCCUGAGGCACCACCCGCUUCAGGCAUGGGCAACGGUGUGCAGGAACGCCAGGGGGCACUGACACAGGGCGAGGUGCUGCCCAGCCCACCUGCCAGCCAAUCAGAGGGCUACAGGCAGGGUCUGUCAGUGAUGAAUUCCUUGGCCUCGGGCGCCUUAGCUGGUGCCGUUGCCAAAACUGCCGUCGCCCCUCUUGAUCGAACUAAGAUCAUGUUCCAAGUGUCUUCAAACCGCUUCUCUGCUAGGGAGGCCUACAAGUUCAUCUACAGGACCUACCAGACACAAGGCUUCUUCAGCCUCUGGAGGGGAAACUCAGCCACCAUGGUGCGCGUGAUGCCCUACGCCGCCAUCCAGUUCUGCGCUCACGAGCAGUACAAGCGCAUCCUGGGCAGCUACUACGGCUUCCAGGGAAAGUCUCUGACUCCUGUCCCUCGCCUCGUGGCGGGAUCCAUGGCCGGCAUGACUGCGUCCAUGAUGACCUACCCUCUGGACUUGGUGCGUGCCAGGAUGGCUGUCACUCCCAAGGAAAUGUACGGCAACAUCAUCGACGUGUUCGUACGGAUCUGGCGGGAGGAGGGCCCAAAGACACUGUACCGCGGAUUUGCACCCACCAUUCUGGGCGUGGUGCCCUACGCCGGCCUCAGCUUCUUCACCUACGAGACGCUGAAGAAGCUGCAUGCGGAGAAGAGCGGUAGGUCCCAACCGCACACACACGAGCGGCUGGCAUUCGGGGCGUGCGCUGGUCUCAUCGCCCAGUCAGCAUCGUACCCCUUGGAUGUGGUGCGUCGCCGCAUGCAGACGGCAGGGGUGACUGGACACUCCUACAGCACCAUUUUGGGCACCAUGCACCAAAUCGUGACUGAGGAAGGACUGAUCCGUGGCCUUUAUAAAGGCCUCAGCAUGAACUGGGUCAAAGGGCCCCUCGCCGUCGGCAUCAGCUUCACCACCUUUGACCUCACGCAGAUCCUGCUGCGCAAGCUGCAGCGGCAUGGCUACUUUCGGUAGCCGGCAGGGACACGGAUGUUUAAGUGUUUUGGGCGUCUAAGCCCCCUAUAGGAUAAGUGGUGUAUUACAACAAUGAGAAAAAAAAAAAGUGAGAUGAUGUUUUUAUUUGCCAUUUGCACAAGUACAAGUACAUCUUCUGUCCUUUGAGACAUACAGAUACUUAUAGAGCAAAGCUUGCAGGGUCAGGCCAUUUAUCCGGCACCCCAGGAGCAUUUUCUGGGUGGGGGGGGGGGUUAAGGGCCUUGCUCAAGGGCCCAAUGGAGAUGUGACUACUCUGCUGAGGACAGGAAUUGAACUGGCGACCGUCCGAUCACGGGCACAGUAGCCUAACCCACUGAAAAGCCAGCCCCCCCCCCUUAACAGGGGCCAGGAGGAGCGAGAAGGGAUAGGAAGCUCGUGAUUGGCUGCUGAACCUCUAUUUUAACGUUUGCACUUUCUCGCACACGCGUAACCACAUGCGGGGUAUUGUACACAAGCACCCUGUUCAUUUUGCGGAGUAUUGUCCUUGGUGCACUUGCUGUGUGUGUAUGUGUGCGUGAGAGUGUUUUCUCUAUUGACGUGCGUUAAAAGCAGCGGUGAGGUGACACAGCGACGUGGCUGCAGAGGGACAGUGGGGGUUACCUACAUAAGGUUAAAGGUCAUCAGAUUUGCGUCAUUAUAUAGUUGAGCUGUUACAUAACUGAGCUUAGCAUAUAUUGGCACUAAACUUAUUCUAAUCAAUACGUGAUUAAAACUCUAAAACCCAGAUAUACUCCCAUUGAUUAGAGUAUAUGGAGUACUUCUGUGAAAUAUUCUUCAAAUACUGAGUGUUAGUCAUUUUAAAGUUUUCAAAAUCGUCAUUAUUAUACGAUCCUUACACGGUGAAUGUUUAGCGCUGCAGUAUUGUAAUGAUUUGAUACAGACCGCACACCGCGUGUGCAGUACUGCCAACCGGCAAAAGGGGGUGUGGGUGAGAUACUGGGAUCCAUCUCCAUGGACGGCCCCCAGUGCUCUUUCCAGCUGUUCUGCCCAUGGCUUAACCUCUGUAUUACAGCAUCACGCUUUAAUGGCACCUGGCGAGUUCUCGCCUUGUAGCCACUCCUGAUUCUCAAGUGCCUAAAUGAGCUGUGGACGUCCCCAUUGCAGUCCAGCGUCCACCUUCUGUGCUCUGCUGAUGUCCACUCUCUCGUUCCACUCUGUAUUUUCUGUGUACUUUAAGUAUAAUAGCACAUGAUUUUCUGUUAGUCUGACAUGCAAAAUGUGAAAAUGUUUCCCCUGCCUUCAGACGAGGAACGUUAAGAGUUGCGUUGUUUGACGUGAACCCGAUCGUGGUCGGGUGUCUUCAUUUGUGUCUCUACGGAAAGCACAAACCCAGCUCGUCCCAGAGUGUCUGUGUUGCCCUCUUACAAUUCAGGCUGAAAGACAAUCUGUAUACGCCAAAGCUCAAGUCUUCUGAAUGCAUAAACACACAAGUAUUAGCUUAUUUUCCUUUAACUUUUAUAAUUUGCAAUGGUUUACCCAAAGUACAACUGAUGGUUCUUCAGACUGGGAUUUAUAUAUGAAAUGAUGUUUCUGAUGUUCUGUGUGGUAUACAAGACCAUUGUGUAUACUUGGUAUUAGAAUAUUUUACUGAAAAUAAUGUGGUGGGUGGAUGUUUUGGAUAAUUCUCCCAAAUACAUUUAAGGACUGAAACCAGAAUGCAAAUAAUUGUGGCCUUCUCACCAGUGGAUAUAGCUGUUACAUUCAGUAACGGCUCAAGGACUGUCUGCAGGUAGAUUUAUGUAGGUUUAACUGGUACUGUUGAGAUGUCCAGUGUGCAAUACUUGAAGAGUAUUACGCAAUUGAAAUGCAAUGCGUGUGUCAUUAAUGAACAAAAGCAUUUGGCUUUCAUUUCCUAAUAUGAUUCGUUUUGACUUCUAAUUUUUACAAUAUGCAGGAGAUUUUUGAUGUUUCUGUAAAUUAAUUAUUUGUGCCAAGAGAAUGUAUAUUAAAAUGAUUUAUAUAUUAUGUAAAGCUCAAAAAAAUGGUUGUAUGCUGAUUAAGUAAAGACCUUUGUUGAGAUCCCUAA